AUGCCAUACCCAAAAAUAUCUAUCCGUUUCUGCAUAAAAUGCAAGUGGAAUUUAAGGAGUGCUUGGUAUUUGCAAGAGCUUCUACAAACUUUUGGUGAGCAGAUCGGUGAAAUAUCGCUAAUUCCUGGGGAGACUGGAGAGUUUGGUGUCGAGGCACUCAAGACAGAGGAUGGGCCCUUGUUGAAGCUGUGGGAUCGCAAGGUGGACGGGGGGUUCCCGGAUAGUAAGUACCUGAAGAAAAAAGUCAAAGAAGGCCUCUUCGAUGAUCCAGAUGGCAGUCCAUUUCGCGUGGGGGAACAUAUUGAAAGAGAUGCCGCUAACAAGACUUUAGUAACUGAUCAAUGUGACAGCGGAAAAAGCUGCCUUGUGUGUCAGGAAAAUUGA